AUGGCAUCUACAGAGAGAGGCUACCGUCUUGGUGUAGACAUUGGAGGAACCUUCACCGAUAUCUGCGUCAUCACUCCUGAGGGCAGGACUGUUUCCGCGAAGGUGCCCACAAAUGUCUCCGACCAGAGUAUCGCCGUAAAGGAGGGGGUCAAUCAGGUGAGAAAGUUGCUGAAAGAGACGUACUCUUGGGACGGCAAGUUUGACUACAUCCAUCAUGGUACAACAAUUGCAACCAAUGCCAUUCUUGAGGGAAAGGGUGCCAAAACCGGCCUUGUUGUCACAGCUGGGCAUAGAAGUAUCCUCAGCACAAGACGCUCCCAAAUUCCCGGUGGCCUAGGAGCCUGGAUCAACUGGCAGCCUCCCACACCCCUCGUGCCUCUGGAGAGGACUGUUGAGGCUCCCGAGCGAGUCUCGAUUCAGGGUGAGAUUGUGCGCCAGCUGGAUGAGGAGACGUUCCGUGAAAGCCUUCAAGAUCUCAAGCGUCAAAAGCCAGAGGCCAUUUGCGUUAGUCUGCUCAACUCGUUUGCAAACAAUGUACAUGAGGAGAGUAUCAGGAAAAUCAUCGCGGAAGAGUUCCCCUCGAACGUUGAAGUUGUCACUUCAACUGAAGUUCUUCCGGAAAUUCAAGAGGCAAGUGAGCAAACGCAUUGCCAUGGAUUGAUUACUGACAUUAACCAGUACGAGAGAACUGUCACCACAGCUGCCAAUGCUGUCGUCAAACCCGUUGUAAAGAAAUAUCUGAACAACUUGAAGGAGCUCCUUGCACCUGAUACCGAUAUCAUCAGAAUCCUCAAGUCUGAUGGAGACCUGACAUCUGUUGAACUCGCCGGCGAACAACCGGUCAACAUCCUGAUGAGCGGACCAGCUGGUGGAGUCACUGGCGUCGGCCAUGAGAUUGCCAAAAACACUCCGUUCAAAAAUCUCAUCACCCUGGAUAUGGGUGGCACCUCAACUGACUGCGCUCUUAUUCCCGGCACGAACACUGUCCUCCGCCGUGAGACUGUUGUCGGCUCCCACACAGUCAAGGCCCCUUCUGUUGACGUUCGAACCGUAGGUGCUGGUGGAGGCUCGAUCGCCCAAUUCAACUCCUUGACACACGCCUUGCGUGUUGGGCCCGAGUCUGCAGGUGCUAUCCCCGGCCCUGUUGCAUAUGGAAAAGGAGGCACCCAGGCAACCGUUACUGAUGCCAAUCUUGUUCUUGGAUAUCUACCCUCCAAAAUCCUGGGUGGGACGUUUAACCUCGACGUCCGAGCGGCAACAACCGCCGUAGAGUCCAUCGCCAACCAGAUGGGUAUGACAGUGACGCAAACUGCUGAGGGUAUCAUCGACCUAGCCAAUGAAACAAUGUAUGGAGCUUUGCGUCUCGUGUCGGUCGAGCAAGGUUACGAUCCUCGAGAAUUUGCACUCGUUGCGUUUGGAGGCGCUGGACCUCUCCACGCAAAUGCGGUUGGAAAGCUGCUAGGGGCAUUCCCCAUCAUCAUUCCUCCGGCUCCUGGAAUCCUCUGUGCUCGUGGUGAUGCAGCAACAAAGAUGAGCCAUGAGCAAUCCUGCACGUACAUCAAGCUCUUUUCCGACGCAUCAGCAGAGGACCUCAGGGCAGCAUUUGACAAUCUCAAAUCCGGCUGCGUAACGACCAUGAUGAAAGCUCUUGGCACAGAUCGGUCUUCGUUUGAGAUUUCUUACCAAGCCGAUAUGCGGUACAAAGGCCAGGCUUUGAUCCUCACAGUCAACAUGACGGAGUCUGAGCUGAUGUCCGAGCAAUCCAAGCUGCUCUCCCUCCUUCGUGAAAAAUUUGACGCAGUACACGAACAGCAAUUCAGCUUCACUCUGGCACAGACGAUUGAUUUGGAAAUCAUGCGUCUUCGUGUCAAGGCCACAGAUGCAUCACCGGAUAUUCCCAUCCAGUCCAUUGAAGACGCUCCCAGUGACACCCCUCCAGACUCAGCUAUCAUCUCCCGUAGCCCUAUCGUCUGCAAUGGAGAGACGGUUGAGGCUAUCUUCUGGAACCGCUCAUUGAUCACCAAGAAAGGUUACAAGGUAUCUGGACCAUGCAUCAUCACCGAGAUGGACUCAAACACGCUUAUCCUGCCCGGCUACAGCGGUGAGAUCGACAACAUGGGCAACAUUGUCAUCAACCCAGAUCAAUCUGCUCAAGCCUUGACCAAUGGGAUUGUUGAGAACAGAACAUCGGCUCAAGAGGUUGUUGCCGCCAACCCGCUUAUACCAACGCUCAUCUCCAGUGCUUUGGGUAGCAUUCGCCGCGAGAUGGAUACGCUCAUGCUGCGGUGCGCGAUGAGCCCUGCCAUUCGGGAUCAGCAGGACGAAUUCAAUGUGAUCACCAACACCCGUGGCCAGAUGCUUGUAGGCCAGUUCGGAAGCUUCAUCACUCAAUUUCUGCAGAACUGGAAGGGUACCAUUGAAGAAGGUGACGUCUUCGUGACAAACGACGUGUAUGGUACGGAAGGUGCCGUAUCACAUUUGAACGACGUCAUAGUGCUCUUGCCCAUUUGGUACCACGGAAAGACUGUAGGCUGGGCUGCAAAUUUUGGCCAUUUGACAGAUGUGCAAGGGAAAGUCCCUGGGUCAAUGAGCAUCAACGCCACCACGAUAUUCGAGGAUGGGUUGCAGAUUCCUUCUGUUAAGCUGUACUCCAAGGGCGUGUUCAACGGUGAUCUGAUGAAGGUGUUCCUACGAAACAGCCGCAUUCCGGAAUGGUUCCAAAGCGAUGUGACUGCGCUGGUUGCUGCUUGCAGGACCGCUGCUACUCGUGUCUGUGAGCUCUGCGAUCGUUACGGUGCCGAAGUAUACGAAGCCGCGUGUGAUAGUCUGCUCGACCGCUGCCGUUCGGCCAUCAGCCAAAUCAUCGAAACCAAAAUGGACGACGAGUACAGCAGCUUCACCGACUUCAUCGACGACAACGGCCAAGGCAUCGGCCCCUGGAUGAUUUCCUGCUCCAUGCAAAAGCAGAACAACCGCCUGAUCUUCGACUGGGACGGCACGAGCCCGCAGGCCGAAACAUCCAUCAACUUCUACCUCUCAACGCCCAUGUUCAAGAUGUUCAUCGGCUACUUCCUCCUCGCCAUCUACGACCCACACUGCGUCGUCAACGACGGCUUCCACGACCUCGUCGAGCUGCGCAUCCCGGAAGGCACGAUCCUACGACCCAUCCGCCCCGCCGCACUGUCCUGCCGCACGCACCUCCUGGGCCGCAUCAUGGACGUCAUCCAAGCCCUCUUCGGCCAGCGCAACGCCGCCUACCGCUCCGCCGCCGGCUUCUCCGACUCACCCCACCUCUUCUACAGCGGCUUCAAGCCUUCGGGCGACUGGUUCCUGCUGUACCAGAUCGGCUUCGGCGGCGUGCCGGCGCGCCCCGUCGGCGACGGGCCCGACUGCCACUGCCUGUUCCCGGCCAUCAAGAGCAUCCCGACCGAGACCAUCGAGCUGUACUUCCCGCUGCUCAUCGAGGCGAACGAGAGCGUGGCGGAUAGCGGCGGCGCGGGGUUCUUUCGCGGCGGCAAUGCGCAGCGCACGCUGUAUCGAUUCCUCUGUAAGGGAGAGGUGUCGAUUCAUGAUGACAGGUGGCUGACCAAGCCGUGGGGCGUCAAUGGCGGCGAGCCGGGGACGCGGUCGCGGAAGGGGAUUUUUAGGGACAAUUCGUACGGCACGGAGUGCCCGAAGUAUGAGCCGCUGCCGAGCAAGAUGGACCACCUUCGUGUGAAGCCCGGAGAUGUGCUCGAGUGGGUGACGUGGGGUGGUGGGGGGCUGAAUGAUCCGUUGACCAGGCCGCCGGAGAUUGUCGCGUUGGAGGUGCAUCGAAAGCUCGUCACGCUGGAUGGCGCGAGGAAGAAUUAUGGUGUUGUUGUGCGCCCGGGGGAUUUCACCGUUGAUGAGGAGGCUACAGAGAAACUACGUGAAGAGACAAAGAGAGCAAGGCCGACAGAGUGGGGGAAGGACAGCUACAAUCGCGGUGGUACCAUGAAGGAGCUUAUAGAGAGAUGUGAAGAAGAGACAGGGAUGAAGGCACCCAGACCUCAGUGGGAGGAAGAUCCAUAUGGACCGCACAUGGCGAGGCCGUACGUUAAGCAGUGGUUCGAGGAGAUGAGAAAGAGAACGGAAUAUCAGUGA